AUGGCGACGUUGCCGAAAUUGAUUCGAAGCAUGAGAAAGGAAAUUCCUAAGCAGACCAAUCUUGUUCUGCCAUCUCUCAGACGAGCUUACUCUCUCUACGAUCAGAUCAAUCUCAUCGAUAAUGUUCCUGAGGAUCAGCUUCGAUUUCAAGAAUUUGAUGAGACGAGUUUCACUGUGAAUGGUGUUAAAUAUGAAGGUAGCUUGCUUUGUGUUGGGAAUUUGUUAAUGUCAUGGAUCCUCGUAACUUCUCCGAGAUCACAACGGAUAGAAUUAAGAGAUGAAGCAACUGUGUUUCAUCGAAAGUUAUACGUUUUGAGCUUGUCAAUCUUCCAGACAGUUCGACCAAUUCCAGAGCUCUUGAUCAUCGGGUGUGGAAGAUACAACCACCCAUUAAAUCUCCAAGUACGUCAGUUCGUAAAGUCAAUUGGCAUGAAGCUAGAAACCGUUGAUUCGAUAAAUGCUGCAUCGACUUACAAUAUACUCAAUGAGGAAGGAAGGAUCGUGGCCGCUGCAUUGCUUCCUUAUGGAAAUACAUCCUAA